UUUGAGGGACCACUUGACACAACAACUGAUAUGAUCAGACCUACAGUUGAUCUUGCCUCUAGCAUACCUGAGCUGCAGUCAAGUGUCCUAAUGAUAGACACAAGUCAGCCAUCUGUAACUCCUAAACUCCCACUUGAGGCAACCUUAUCUGCAGGGGCAGAGCUUGGGCGGCCAAGUGUGGAAUCACCUGUUAAUGUCUUGAUAUCCACAACAUCCCCAACUCCAGCACUUACCUUGACCUCUACAAGAGUCCAGCCUGAAGAGGAGAUUGAAGUGAUAGACAACACCCUAGGAGAGGGUGACUUUGUUGAUAGCACCACUCUGAUAGUAGAAGCUGCAGAAGAUGAAAUCACAGGAGUUGAAACCACAGGACCACGACCAUCUUUGGAGGAACAGCCAGAAGAGGAUACAAUCCAUACCAACUACACUUCAUCGAGUGAGCUUCUCAUAGAUGUUGCAGCCACUGAAAGUAUAACUACAGAAUCUGAGGAUAAGCAUCCAGGUAGUACAGGUGAAGCAUUGGCUACAGCCACACUUUUAGCCUUCACCACUCCUCCCUCUUCUCUGCCUGUAACAACUCCUGACGCAGAGGAAGUGACAACCAGCACACCUGUUGUUCGAGUUAGUGUGCAGCCAACACCCUUCUUCCGUACCUCACAGGUCACAGACUCCUCCAGGACCCCCUUGUGGAUGCUUUUAUCUAAGUCAUCACCUUCGCAAACUGUAGAUACACAGCAGACACGCACACAGCUUGCUUCUUCUUUAAUUUCCAGUGCCCAGGUUCCUGACCUGGCAGUUGCUUUGCCUUCUUCCACCACGCUUAAAAGUGAGACUCUUACUGCAACAUUAGCAAGUUCUUCAAUUUCUGAUUUAAGCUUUACUUCCCUUGAGAGUAGCCAGGUUCCCUCUGAUUCCUCAGUCCUGUUAGCCACUGUGCCCUUAGAUGAGAUUACUUUUACUGUUGCUGAAAGCACUGAAUCAGAUGUAAAACAACCUGAGCUCACAACAACUAUAGCUCUUGAAGACUCAUUAGUCUCCUCUUCCUUGUUUGUUACCGCAGAAGGAACAGUAAUAAAACCUCCCAGACAUAAUGUAUCAAGUUAUACCACAGUUGUAGCCCCUACCUUAGACUCUGCUGGAGUUGUCACACAAUUGCCUCCUACCAUGCCCACAUCUGAACCUCCUGUUGAUAUUGACACUGAAGAGCCUAUCACACCAGCAGCAGUAGACAUAGAUGAGAUUAUUACAACCACAAAAAGUGAUGAAUCCCAAAUGAGUUCAGAGGGACCAGCAGUUACUUCAAUAGCAGUAGAGACUUUAGAUUCUGUUCGAACCAGUAGCCCUAGUAGUGAGAUUAGUGCCACAGAAACAAUAAGUCCUCCUGUGGAUAAACCCGAUGUAGCACCAGAAGUUAGUGUAACACCAGAUACCAGUAUAUCACUGGUUACUAGUGUAGCACCUGAUGCUAGUGUAGCACCAGAUGCUAGUGUGGCACCAGGUGCUAGUGUAGCACCAGAUGCUGGUGUAACACUGGGUGCUAGUGUAGCACCAGAUGCUGUCGCAGCACCAGAUGCCAGUGUAACACCAGAUGCCAGUGUAGCACCAGAUGCCAGUGUAGCACCAGAUGCUAUUGCAGCACCAGAUGCUAUUGCAGCACCAGAUGCCAGUGUAGCACCAGUUGUUAGUGCCACCUGGACUCCUGUGCUAGGACCAGCAGAAGAUGAGCAGGAGGAGAAGGAGGAUGUUUCCUUGAUUGCAGCCCCAACUGAGACACCCCAGACUACAACAGUACCUCCCAUCCUAGCACCAGAGUUGACAGGUGGUUUUACUCCUAUUAUUAGUGAAAUUAGUAAACCUAGUGAAGUAGUGCCUGAAUCUAGUGACCUUCCACCUUUCAGUGAAAUAGUUGAAAGCACUGCAGUUUUCCCUGCACAAACCUCAAAGAGUAUUGCUUUGCCAACACCAGAAUCACCUUUGCUUGUAGUCACUACCAGCAUUCAAGAAUAUGACCACACAGAGAGUGUUAUACCUAGUGACUAUUCUACAGUAGAUGAACUUUUGUCAAGUGUGAUUCCUCAAGAUAGCAUUUUAACUUUAAUUGACAGGCUGCCUAAGCCAGUUGAGUCAUCAUCAGUUCUGUAUGAAUCUACAACAGAGCCCCUGAUUCCUUCAUUUGAUAUUGUAUCCUCCACUCUUAUCCCCACAUCUCUUGCUCCAGAAGACUAUGCUUCCUUCAUUGUUACAGACACAGUCAAAACUCCUGAGCCCCCUGUUAUGGUCUCAGAAAGACCUCUGCCUUCCCCAACUAUCUCCUUAGAAGAAGUCUUAUUCACUUCACCUGAUCCCUUUAAGAGUAUGACCUUGGAAUUUAUUACUACUGCUAUGGAUACUGCCAUAGUUAACACAACCUUGGCUUCUGUUUCUGCUUCUCCCAGUCCCCCGGUAGUCUCACCAGCUUUUCCAACAUUACUAACAACUCUAACAACAACAGACUCCUAUGCUCCCCCUUCCUCACCUGCUGACCUUGAGACAAUCUUCCUGGCUCCCUCCCAUUCCCCAACCAGUACCUCAGACUUACCUGCCCUGGUUGCCCCGACAGCCACAGAACCAGCUCUUGAAGAUAUUGCCACAGAAGUGUACCCACACCUAGAUUCUGCUGCCAUACCUGGAGAAGAAACUGCAUCAGAGGAAGCAGUCAAGAAAGAAGAAGCUGUGGAUUCUCCAAUGUCCUCUCCUCUGCCACCAGCCAGCCCCUCUCCACCCUUUACAACCAUCACCACACCAACCAUAACCACUACAAAAACCACUACAACCAAAGUUACAAUACCUGCUUCUACCACCACCACCACCACCCAAAUACCCACCACACCCCCGUCUGAAGUUAGCAUCACCUUCAUCAUCCCAACUGAAUCAAUGCCAACACUGACAACAAUUGUGGAGCUCUCGAAUGGAACCGUUGUUGAUCGUCCUAUGCCCUAUGUGAGGGCACUUGUGGGCUACAGCGGGGGAGAAUUCUGCCAGCACAGGCACAACUUCAGAGCUCUGCUAGCAGAAUGGAUCAGCAGACACAUGCAGGAUGUAGAUGUUUCACCGCAUGAGAUCACAUUCUUCAAUAUGCCUGAUUGUAAGUCAAUAAAGCCACUCACUGAUGAUCACCUGAACCAGCUUCCUGAAGACCCUACUGAUCCUGACCAAGAGGCUGAGGAUAAAAUGAAUGAGAUAUAUGACUCAGAAAAAAUGACAAAUGUCUAUUUCUAUGUCACUCGUUCUGGCAAGAUUGAUCCCUAUUUAACAGAGCAGUUCCCACUCUUCCCAACUGAACUGGAAAUCAGUGAAGAACUAGCAUACCUUAAAUCAAAGGUCACAGAGUUAGAACUUGUACGUCCAGAUGGUACCACAAACUCCAAUUUAUUGUUAGAAGAAGAAGGAGCAGUUGGCACCUCUGUUAUUGUUAUUAUUGUAAUUUCUACAUUAGUUGGGGCUGCCAUCAUCAUAGCCCUCAUUUUCUUUAUGCUUGUGAGGAAACGUGGUGCUGCCAAUAAUUACUACGGGAGACGAUGUACACCAGUCAGCAUGGAUGCCUACAGCAUGGACAGUGUCUCUGUUUAUCAUUCCUUUAGAAGGAAAAGCAAAAGACGUGCCUCAGGAAGAUCCAUCAAGUCAUAUCUUAAUCAGGCCUUUGAUGAUCCAAAUGGACCUUCACGGCCUCUGAACUUUGCUAAGCUUACUCACUUCAUCUCUGAUAUUGAUGGAGUUCAUGAGGAGUUUUCUACAAUCCCAGUCAAUAUGCCAAAGUAUGAUGAACUACCAGCUGGUGUUGAAGAUAAGAAUAGGUACGCUAAUGUCAUUCCUGUACCAGAAACACGAGUUAUCCUCAAAACAGCAAAAGACUCUCCAACCUCUGAAUACAUCAAUGCCAACUAUGUAAGAGGCUCCAGGAAUGAGUCAAAGUACUACAUUGCAACCCAGGCUCCACUAGAUGACACAGUAGCGGACUUCUGGAAGAUGGUUUGGGAACAAGAAACACGUGUUAUUGUUAUGCUGACAGACUUUGUGGAAAAAGGCAUUGACAAGUGUGCUGAUUACCUUCCCCCUUCAGAAACAUUAGAUUGUCAUAGAGUUUAUGGUGAAUUCCAGGUAACCCUCAAAUCUCGUGACAUGAAAGAAAAAUUUGUGGUGUCUAAUGUCCAACUGAAAAAUCUAGAAAACAACCUGGUCAGAGAAGUGGCCCACAUGUGGUUCACUGGGUGGCCCACAGCCGGUGUUCCUAAUGAGGAAUCUGGCUUCAUAUCCUUCAUCCUUGAGGUCAGAAGGAACAGGAAGAAGCUUCGAGCCAAAGGACCUGUUGUGGUCCACUGCAGUCCAGGGACAGGGCGCACUGGUACUUUCUUGUCCUGUGACAUGGUGAUGCGACAAUUUGAAGAUCAGAGAACUGUUGAUGUUCCAAGGACAGUGUAUUCUAUAAGGAGGGACAGAGCUGGUGCAGUGCAGACGAAAGAACAGUAUGCCUUUAUCUACAGGGUUAUCAACUUAUAUGCAUCUAAACUUACUACAGGAAACCUCGAUUCCCUUUAAAAGCACAAGAGCUUAAAAUAUUUUAUGUGAAUGAAAAUAUUAUGAUAAUGAAGCCUGAUUGCAGUAACUGAUUAGUUUUUUAAAUAUAUUGUGUGAUUCAGAUGUGACUGCAGUAUUACCUGGUGAAAAAUAAACAAUGUUUAAGUUGUAAAUAUAGAUAUGUGUGUGAAAUCUCCUGCUGAGGUCAAAAGCCAUACAGUGCUGUCAUUAUGGCUUGAUGUCACAUGAGGAGACUCUGGUGCUCACAAUACUACUGUUAAGUCUUAUCAUGUUGCUGAAAUCCAAAAUGAAAUAUUUAGAAAUGUUAUUUCUAGUGCAUUUUGCAUUUUUAUCACAUCAUUAUGAAUGUAAAUCAGCUUUUACAAAGAUUCUUAUACACACAAACAUUGUGUGCACUACAUUUUUGUUUAUAUCCACAUGUAGCAUGUGGCUCACUUACACAUGGAUAUGUUUUGUAUAUGCGUUAUUUAUUCUUGUCUUUCUCUCAUCAUGAUAAAGUCAACAGGAAAGACAACUCACAAAGUGUGCCUUCAGAGAUAAGAGUGCAAUAAGAUAUAGGACUGCUGACUAAGCAUGCAUUAUGUACCACAUAACAUAUGUGUGUGUGUGUGUGUGUGUGUGUGUGUCUGUGCAUGUACAUACAUACAUACAUAU